CCCGCCCCCUCACCCCUCCGCGCAAGCGUCUUGGCGCCUCGCCGCCCGCCGCGGCGCGGUGACCCGGAAGUGGAGCUGCGGAGGCGCCGUGACCCGGAAGCGGGACGUGCGGGCGGUGCGCGCAAGUGGAGACGCGGGACCGGAGCGGAGCCGCCAUGAGCCUGCUGAACAAGCCCAAGAGUGAGAUGACGCCGGAGGAGCUGCAGAAGCGGGAGGAGGAGGAGUUCAACACGGGGCCACUCUCCGUGCUCACCCAGUCCGUCAAGAACAACACCCAGGUCCUCAUCAACUGCCGCAACAACAAGAAGCUCCUGGGACGCGUGAAGGCCUUUGACAGGCACUGCAACAUGGUGCUGGAGAAUGUGAAGGAGAUGUGGACGGAGGUGCCCAAGAGUGGGAAGGGGAAGAAGAAGUCCAAGCCAGUGAACAAGGACCGCUACAUCUCCAAGAUGUUCCUGCGCGGGGACUCCGUCAUCGUCGUCCUGCGCAACCCCCUCAUCGCCGGGAAGUAGGGGACACCCCCCCGCCCCGGGGUCCCCUGGGACCCCUUCUGCCCUUACAGCCUCCUGGGGGUGCCCAGCCGUGCUCCCUUGGCGUCGCCUGAGCCUCUGUAUGCUGCCCUGGGGCUGGGGCCUCCCCAGGGGCUCCCUCCUUGUCCUGCCCUCCCCCCUACCCCAGGGGGUGUUUGGGUGUUUGGGGGGGGGGGCCGAGCCCCCCUGGGGUGGGCAGAAUUGGGGUUGUCAUGUUGUCAUGUGUGCCCCCUCCCCCCUGCCCCGGGCACUGUGCUCACCCCCCCACGGGCAAUAAACCUGGUUUGUUACUA